AUGACUAGAAUCCUUACAGAAAGAAAAAUCGCUAUCCCCGAUGAAUGCAAAGUAGAACUUAACAGAAAAAUUUUUACUUUCACGGGUCCAAAAGGAAGUUUAGUACAUGAUUGUACUAAAUACCUUAUGUCUUUUACUGUAGAAGAAAAUGAUAUAGUUAUAAGAUUAUGGCAUGGUAAAAGAAAACAAAUUGCGCUCGCUACUACUGUCUCUUCUUUACUAAAAAAUUCUAUUACUGCCGUCACUAAGGGAUUUUCCUAUAUUAUGAAAGCAGUACACAAGCAUUUUUCAAUAAAUUUUGAGAUAAAAGAAGAUGGCAAACUUUUGGUUAUUAAAAAUUUUAUGGGAGAAAAGGCACCAAGAGAAUUUAGAAUGAAAGGACAGGCUAAAGUUAGAGUUUUGACUGAAAGAAAAGGCUGUAUAGCUAUUGAAGGUCCAUCUUUACCAGAUGUGUCACAAACAGCGGGAGAUAUUACUAAUACUUGUAGGGCCAAGAAAUUAGAUCCUAGGGUUUUUUUAGAUGGAAUCUAUGUCGUUGAAAAGACAACAAUGGUGGAAUAA